AUGGUGGUGGCCAUGUGGAGGGAAGGUAACGAGUCUUCCACUAGGUGCAUCGGUGUACAUGGUGGUGGCCAUGUGAUGGAAAUGGAUUAUAUGUGGCGUGCUCAACUUAUGGCAAAUAGGAGGAGGAGGAAUACUACUAGGGCUGAUGAGAUUGCGCAGGCGAUACAUCGGAUGGUAGAUGCGAUGCAGCCCAUUACAGCGCAACCUCGAGCCGUGGUAGCACUCACACUCCCGGUGUCGGUGGAGGACUUUAUGAGACAUAAGCUCUCAAAAUUUGUGGGCAAAUCUUCUCCAGAUGAAGUCGAUGCUUGGCUUAAAGAGUGUGAGAAAAUCUGCCGGGUGAUCGAUUGCACAAAUGCUCAGAGGCUUUCAUUUGUCUCUUUCCUGCUGGUAGCUGACGCAGAGUAUUGGUGGACAGGCAUGCAGCAGCUUAUGCAAACCCGGGGCGAGGAGGUUACUUGGACUUCAUUCAGGGAGAGAUUUCUGGAGAAAUAUUUUCCAGCCAGUGCGAGACAUGAGAGAGAGGCAGAAUUCCUCACAUUCCAGCAAGGGAACCUGACUGUGCAGGCAUACACAAAUAGGUUUGAGUAUUUGGCCAGGUUCUACACGCCCAUUGUUACCAAGGAGUGGAGAUGCCGAAAAUAUGAGGGCGGGCUGAAAUACGAGGUGCGCCGCUUUAUUGUACCUCUCCGGAUCAGGGAGUUCCCAGUCUUGGUGGAGCAGGCCAAGGCUCAGAAGAAGCCGUAUGAUAGGCCACAGAGUUCGGCUAAGAAACUAAAGUGCUACAACUGUGGUGGGGAGCAUUAUUGGAGGGAUUGUCCAAAACCCUCAGGCAGUUCUAGUGGUGGUGGUGGUAGCACUGGCAAGUGCUAUAUGUGUGAUCAGACGGGCCAUUUUGCACGACACUGCCCGAAUAAGAAACUAGUUGGAGGUGCACCAGCGAAGAAACCAGUAGGGGAUCGACCUAGAGCCCCUGGUCGUGUAUUCGCUUUGACGACUACCGAGGCCGCCCAGUCAGGUAACCUAGUACAGACUACUUGCUUGUUGUUUGAUCACGAGGUUGUUGUGUUGUAUGACUCAGGAACUACCCAUUCAUUCGUAUCCAAUGAAUGCGUGAGGAGGCUCGGUCUAGUGAUGCGAGAAUUGGCGUGCGAGUUAAUAAUUGUGACACCAGCGUCUAAAGAGGUAUCCACCACAUAUGUUUGUGUGGGAUGUCCUAUGGAGGUGGCAGGCCGCAGGUUCAAGGUGAAUCUCAUCUGCUUACCAAUGGAAGGGUUAGAUGUGAUUCUGGGUAUGGAUUGGUUGGCCAGCAACCAUGUAGUGAUCGAUUGCAGGCAACGCAGGGUGGUGUUUCCAGAUGUAGAAGGACUGGAAUUGAUAUCAUCCAACCAAGCAGAGAAGGAGAUUGAAGCGGGAGCUACAUGUUUUAUGAUAGUAGCUCAGACAGAGAAGAAGAGUACUGCAGAGAAGAUUAGUAUGAUUCCUGUGCUGAAUAAGUUAACAAUUAAGAAUAAGUACCCGCUGUCGAGGAUUGGUGAUCUGUUGGACCAGUUAAGGGGAGCAGUUGUGUUCUCUAAGAUUGACUUGAGGUCUGGAUACCGUAAGAUCUUAGUCAAACCCGAGGAUGUGGAGAAGACCGCAUUCAGGUCUCGCUACGGCCACUAUGAGUAUGUGGUGAUGCCAUUUGGGGUGACGAAUGCGCCUGCUAUAUUCAUGGACUACAUGAAUAGGAUAUUUCGACCGUAUCUGGAUCAGUUUUUCGUUGUAUUCAUUGACGACAUACUGAUAUAUUCUGAGAGUAAAGAAGAACACGCAAAUCAUCUGCGAGUGGUAUUGGAGGUGCUAAGAGAGCAUAAGCUUUAUGGGAAGUUAUCGAAGUGUGAGUUUUGGCUUGAUGAGGUGCAGUUCUUGGGCCAUGUAAUCUUAGCCCAAGGAAUCUCGGUGGACCCAACAAAGAUUGAAAUAGUUGUGAAAUGGGAAAGGCCACAGACUGUGACCGAGGUGAGAAGUUUCUUGGGCCUGGCAGGGUAUUACAGGCGCUUUGUGAAAGGGUUCUCCAAGAUGGUGAGUCCAUUGACUCAACUCACCAGGAAGGACCAGCCCUUCUCUUGGACAAACGAGUGUGAGAUCUGUUUUGAGGAUAUGAAGAGGAGAUUGACCACUGCACCUAUCUUAGCUAUUCUAGAUACAACCAAGAUGUUUGAGUUGAAGGUACACGAAAAGAACUACCCUACGCAUGAUUUGGAAUUGGCUGCGGUAGUUUUUGCUCUGAAGACGUGGAGGCAUUACUUGUAUGGUUCGCAGUUUCAAGUGUUCAGUGAUCAUAAAAGUUUGAAGUACUUAUUUGAUCAGAAAGAGCUGAAUAUGAGACAAAGGCGGUGGAUGGAGUACUUAAAAGACUAUGAUUUUAAGCUUCUAUACCAUCUAGGUAAAGCCAAUGUAGUUGCUGACACUCUGAGUCGGAAGAGAGUUCAUAUGUCUACUAUAAUGAUGAAAGAGUUGGAGCUUAUAGAGAAACUGCGAGAUAUGAACUUAAAUCUAUACACAGGUGUUGAUCAUAUACGGUGCAGCAUGUUGCAAAUCACUAAUGAGUUCUUAAAUGAAGUCAGGGAGGAAUAG